CUUUCCAUCCCCCCCAACGGGACUCUGCCGUCGAACGGUACAAAAAGCGCUCAGCAUCUGAGCGAUUUGGGUUUUUUUUUCUUUCCAACGCUCUCGGCGUAAGAGUUUACUUUUCCUCUGCAGCGUUCAGCAUCGUACGAAAUUGAGGUGCUGAGCUCUGUGCAUUCUCUUUUUUCUUGAAUCGCGAUUGCACUAUUGCGGCGGCGCUGGGGAACGGUUUCCUUGUUGUUGCUCGCUCCGCAAAAACGCUCUCACUUGCCUCGCUCUCGCUCUCGCUCGUCUUAUACUUGUUUUCUCAAGUUUCUAUUUCUUUUUCUUACUUUUGGGCCGGCCGGAAACUCGCUGUUCUGUCGAGUGUGCACGCCCUCUUUCAUAAACACAGCUGGAACCCACCUUCAUUGACCUUGUCGAGGUGGACUCUGCAACUAUUUCACUCUGUUAUUUGUUAGCUUCAAAUGGCAUACUUCUUUUUCACUGUCACUGGCGACCACGUUGGCUGCGAUUGCGAUUGAACGAGGAGCGAGCGCACACACCUUUGCAAGAUACUUUGUUGACCUGAGAAGCGAUAUUUUCACCUUUUCCCAUAUACCGAUUUUUACGUGCCUUUUGCACCUCACUUUCUGAUUUCCUAUCGGCCACACUUACCUGUCCGCACUUGCCAAACGAUUGAUUUACGGACACUGCAUCGAACACACUGCAAACAACGAACCGUUUGCUUUCCACCCGAAACUGUACACUUUGGUACAUUUAUAAAACAUUGUAACAAUGACAUCCGAAGCUACCAUGUCGUACCCUUCUGAUUGGAGCUUGCUUGGAUGCGAUAGUGGCCUCAGCGCAUGGCCCGACCAGGGCCGUGAUGCUACGAGCCCUAUACUCUCUGAUGGCGUGUCGUCGCCGCCGCAGGAACCGUUGGUUGGGGACAUUUUUGGAGACGAUCUCCCCAACUUUACGGAUUUGAAUGACUUGAUUUCGGAAACCUUGUUUGGCAGCUGCGCAGGGCCGUUUGUCGACACUGCCAGUACCUCCGAGCAGCACACUCCUGUGACUACGACUCACAACAGUUCCAUUCUCACUACCACAGCAGCAGAUUGGGACCAGCCGCGUGUUGGCUCCCAACAGACGCCGCCUGUCAGUUUGCAUGACAUGCAAACUGCUCGUUUGACGUCAGUUACCCCGCAAAUCUCGCAGUCUCCUUCGGAGCUUGCAAAGUCGGCGCCUUUGGCUGCCUUUAAUGCUGGUAUCGCCUUGGCGAUGGCAAAUGGGACUGGCGUUGCGUCUCAAAGCCAGUUGGAUAUUGUCAACACGACUGCCACAGCCGCAGCGGCAUUGGCUCAGAGUCUUGUUUUGCAGCAGCACGUGGCUGGCAGAACACCCUUUGUUGCCACAUCUUCUCAACCUUCUGAUAUCCAGCUUUUACCGUCCAUUGACCUGGCAAAGCUUUCCAAGGCGGAGAGAAAGAAGAUACGCGAGAAUACACGUAACCUUACUUGUUACAACUGUGGAACGAAUAGAACUCCCUUGUGGAGGCGAACCGCAGAUCGGUUGCAUAGUUUGUGCAAUGCAUGUGGGUUGUAUUACAAGCAAUAUCAAACCCAUCGCCCGGCUAAUGUGCGCCAGAAAGCGCAAUCGACUCUUCAGUUACCCGUCGUGACAUCUGGUAGCGGAAAUGGAUACGCCGUAAUUGUUCCAACGGCAACUAGCGGUUCGUCAACAACUGUCCAGCUCAUACCUCUGUCGAGCUCUCCGGUCGCGGUAACUCCGACCCCGGCUGGAACAAGUUCUCUUAAGCGACCCCGUGAUUCUGAUGACGAUAGUAGCUCUGACGACGAGGUUCGCCGCUCGCCCCCUCCCCAACCUGUACCCAGUGGCCUGUUCCAAGCUGCAGAGUUGGACACUUUCCAGUCAAAGGUCCAGAAUAUGGCACCUGGGGAUGCGCGCAGCUUGCUUGACUCUUUGGAAAGGCAGAUUGCAGUUUUGAGGAACCAUAUCGCACUGUGGGAGAUCAAGCGGGAGACCUAGAUGGAUCUUGAAUAUUUUAUUCGUAGGAUUAGGUUAGCGUAGUAGUACAUUGAACACAAUAUAAAAUGAGUUGGUCAGUGUUCCAACUUGUUGAAGAAAAUACUUGUUUUGUUGGAAUAUAUCAGUAGUUUUUGUGAUCUC